GGCCAUGGAAGCUGUAGUAUUGAUGGCUCUGGGUAAAGGCCCAGCGGAGUGGAGUAAUAUGGGUAGUAUCGGGUAUAGGGCAGGGACAGCUUUGUAUCAGCUUCGCUGCUGAACCCCUAAGCCCAUCGUUAGUGACCUUCAGGACUCUUUCCCCAUUCUAGACUCGGAAGAGAGUUUGCCGGGACUGGUGGGCUGGGUCCCAGCCUGGCGAGAACUGCCCCCAGGAGGUGGGGGAGCCGGGAGAACGAACAAGUUUGCUUGGGUUUUCCUCCUUUUCCUGCUGCCGCCUGGGACGCUGUGGAGGGAGUGGGUCCGUUGUGCUACCAUUCCGACGAUUGAAGAAAUCGCCCUUUGCAUACCUUGAAUUGUUAACCCUGGGGAAUCCAGUGACUGGCAUCCGAAAACACAGGGGUCGGGACCUGAGAUUGCUGAAAGUUCUCUCUGGUGCUAAUAUCAGCAAAAAAGGGACGUUUUCAGGUGCGUUCCAGAGAAAGGGGUUUCCUGAACACAUCUGCUGGUGGGGAGGACGAAGGAACUGGCAAGUCCACUUGUCUUGGAAUUACCGCACGCGUUUAAGAACCUAAGCACCCUUUGAAGCCUCUAAAAUUUGUAGUCUGGUGACGGUGGGUAAAUAAAGGAGGACAGAAUGGAUGAUUUCAUCUCCAUUAGUCUGCUCUCUCUGGCUAUGUUGGUGGGAUGUUACGUGGCUGGAAUCGUUCCCUUGGCUGUUAAUUUCUCUGAGGAGCGACUAAAGCUGGUGACUGUUCUGGGUGCUGGUCUUCUGUGUGGAACUGCGCUGGCGGUCAUCGUGCCUGAAGGAGUACAUGCACUUUAUGAAGAUAUUCUUGAGGGUAAGCACCACCAGGCGAGUGAGACCCAGAAUGUUAUUGCAUCAGACAAAGCCGAAAUACCAGUUGUCCAUGAACAUGAGCACAGCCAUGACCAUACACAGCUACACGCCUACAUUGGCGUUUCCCUCGUUCUGGGCUUCGUUUUCAUGUUGCUUGUGGACCAGAUUGGCAGCUCCCAUGUGCAUUCUACUGAUGAUCCAGAAACAGCGAGGCCCAGCAAUUCCAAAAUCACCACCACGCUGGGGCUGGUCGUCCAUGCUGCAGCUGACGGUGUUGCCUUAGGAGCGGCAGCCUCUACUUCCCAGACUAGUGUCCAGUUAAUUGUGUUUGUGGCAAUCAUGCUGCAUAAGGCACCAGCUGCUUUUGGGCUGGUUUCCUUCUUAAUGCAUGCGGGCCUAGAACGGAAUCGAAUCAGAAAACACUUACUGGUGUUUGCCCUGGCCGCGCCUGUUAUGGCCAUGGUGACAUACUUAGGACUAAGUAAGAGCAGUAAAGAAGCCCUUUCAGAGGUCAAUGCCACUGGAAUGGCUAUGCUUUUCUCUGCCGGGACAUUUCUUUAUGUUGCCACCGUACAUGUCCUCCCCGAGGUGGGCGGAAUGGGGCACAGUCACAAACCCGACUCCACUGGCGGGAGGGGCCUCAGCCGCCUGGAGGUGGCAGCCCUGGUUCUGGGUUGCCUCAUCCCACUCAUCCUGUCAGUAGGACACCAGCAUUAGGCGUCAGGCUCCAGCCUCAGUCCGUGGCCGUCCGCCAUCAAUGAGAACAGCCAGCGCGCGCGACAGCCGCCCACUUCCUCAGUCUCUUGUCUCACCUUGCCCGUCUCCACCUGUGUUCCCAGAGUCCAGAGGGAGGUGAGAUUCAAACCUGGAGUCACAGAAAGCUUUUAGAGGAGAAACAACACACCGAGACUGGAUGUGGACGUUCCGUUGUGUCGUUUUUUAAAGGGCCCGUGGCGUGUUGAGUUUUGACGUUUCUCUUAACCCUAUUCUCAGGGACGAUGGAAUUGCAUUUGAAGGAAAAGCGGAGAACUGCAUACUCACAACGAAAUAGUAAUUAUGAAAGGACAGUGUUCUAUAAUUAAGCUAAAUCUCUUCCUUAGUUUAAAGGCUCUGCCACUUACUGUAUCCAUUGAUUUUUAACAUGGUUCUCACCGUGUAGGACUGGUGCUUUAGCGUCUAUGCCAUAUGCCUUGAUCAAGGUCAUCAUGUCCACUUGUCUUAGAUGCUAAAGAUAAUUGUAAGUUAUCUGGGGCAAGGGUCAGGAAAAUGACAAGAUACAUUAAAAGCUGACUUUUUACUCGA